AUGCGCUUCAUUCAGCUCACGUUUUUCACUUUCCUCACUGCACACAGUCUCGCCGCGCCACCUACUCGAAACCUGGGGGAUAACUCGGUUUCCGAGACGCUUGACUCCCUCGUCGCCGCGGAGAGGGCGACACCCUUCAACCCGACCUGGCACUAUUGCCAGACAAAGUGCGACUGCGCGGAAAGAUUUGACAAGAGCACCCAGCCAGACGGGUAA